AUGUUCCGAUCAAAGAAUUUUAUCCUUCGUCUAAUCUACUUCGAGCAUCCCCAGAUAUCAGAACCUAACGAUAUUGCAGUCGUCAAAACAGUGCAUCAGCCGAACGAAAAUAAAAUCUCCAGCACAGUUAGUACGAGCACUGGCACCGCUGUCACUGUUAUUGGGAAAUCUUCUAUGGCUGAAGAAACUCGCGCUAAUGAACUAAAAAGAGACGAAAUUGAAGAUAAUAAGCAGGGCAACGGCACAGGAGGCCAUUUCGAAGUAGCUCCAAAUCAGUCUCAAGGUGUAGCUAUUAGUGAAGUUAAAACAGCUAUCUCUUUACUUACAAAAUGCGAAGACCUUGUCUGCCAAGACGGUAAGCCAUUCGUAGACCUCUCUUCUGUUCAGGAUGAAUCCAUCUCAGAAAUAUCUAUGAUGUCCGACGCCUCCACGCCACUUCGAAAUCACUUUUCGGCUGAGAGCCUUGUUGGUCUAUCUGGGCAUCCGUGUUUUCAUGGGCUCAAUACAGGAGAGGAAAUUGAGUGCGGUACAAGGCAGCAAGAUGUACAGCAAGCAGACUUGGUACGUGUAGAGAAACACUGUCUGGUUGACCAAUAA